AUGAGAUUAACUGCUCUCGCUGCUGUGGCAACAGCCUCGUUGGCGUCAGCCGUCACGGCGUCAGCCGCUGCUGGAGCCCUCCCGCGUGGACACCAGCGAAGGGCGAAGGAAGCUGGCAUUCAGGAGGUCGCCGCCUUGCCUCUCCUGAGUGGCGGCUGUGAGACCGAGUUCCACCCCGAUCACCCAGAUGUGGCUUGGGUAGAGCUCAUUCUCGGAAAUGCCAUUCAACGAGUGAACCUUACCAGCGGCGAGCAGAAGCGGUUUCAGCUCAAGAACCCAGUCGGUCUCCCAAGCGGAAUGGAAUUUCUCGCUGACGGGAAUCUUUGGUUCUCUGAGGUUGCAGGGAACAAUAUGGUCAAACUCGAUCCAUCCGACGGCAGCAUGACAGAGUAUCGCUUCCCCUGGACUGGCCUCACUCUGAUCGAUAAUUUACCUGUGGGCAUUCGUGUAACGAUCGAUGUUGGCGGGAACCGCGAUCGUGGAGCCUGGUUCACAGCCAUCGGCCUCAAUGCUAUUGGCCGCCUGGACCUCGACACUUAUGAGUACAGCCUGUUCGAACUGCCGCGCAUCCUCUCAGCGCCUCUGAUCAUCCGGCCAGGACCUGGCACUACCAUGACUUUCUCGGAGCUCCUUGGAAACAGAAUUGGCACCAUAGACGUCCAUACCAAGGAGAUCAAGGAAUAUGAGAUCCCAACACCUUUGUCACUGCCUCAGGGUGUCGCUGUCGAUCCGAACAACGAUGACGGCAUCAUCUGGUGGACGGGAACCGGCAGCGGAAACUUCGGCACCAUUGACACGAAAACUGGCGUGGUCACGGAGAUCUCUAUCGCACAGCUGCGCCUGACUGGGAAGUCUACCGUCGUCGGGGGUCCAAGCUUGGGCAGUUCAGCUUUAGUGCCUCUGCCAGGCCCAAUUCGUGUUGGCACCGACGGGAAGAUUUACUUCGUCAUGGGAAGCAUAGUCACAGUUGUUCCUGGAAAUCGUAUUGGUCAAUACGAUCCAAAGACGGGGCUACUGGUCGAGUAUGAGACGCCUACAAGUCUCUUCGGGCCUUGCGAUAUCAACAGCCAACAUCCUGGUACUAUGUACUUCUCUGGUUAUCUUGGUGACGCCAUCGGAAAGCUUGACUACAUGUGA